GAAUAGAGAAGUUCACGUCAAAUUUAGAUCACAAUCGGAAUCACUAGUAUGUCUACGUCACCAGCCAUCCAACUUGGUGCUUCAGAGAAACGACAGCAUGAAUACUUGGAACUGGACAACGGUCUGAAAGUACUCCUUGUGAGUGACCCUAAAGCUGACAAAGCGGCGGCGGCGCUCGACGUACACGUCGGUCACCUGCACGACCCAAAGGAACUUCCUGGAUUGGCUCAUUUUUGUGAGCACUUACUAUUCUUGGGGACUGAAAAGUAUCCCAAAGAGAAUGUUUUUUCAGAG